GCGUGGGAGUCACCCCGAAUUCGGCCUGGGACUGUGGGGACCUGCAUUGGGAAGGAAUAGUGAAUCAGCCAGAAUCAGCUAGGACCUCACAGGCAAAGUGUGUUCUGGGCCAUUCUACUUUUGCUUUUUUCCAUCUAAAGCCAAACUUCAGCUGUAGUUUAGAACUGUGGGAAUGAAGCAGGAGCAGAGACUAGUAAGUCGUCUUACUACAGAGGAGUUGUGAGCAGCCAAAAGAGUCCUGAGGUGGAAUUGUUUUGAGACUGGAUUUGCAACUGAGUGGUCUCCCCCAAGUUUUCCUUCUCAAACAAGGCUGACUUCAGAAGUGCUAAACUGUACUCUCCGCCCGAGAAAGGGAGCAGAGAGGACUUGGUUGGAAGAUGAGGCUCUCGAAGCAGCAGAUCCUGCAGCACUCUAAGCCAUGCCCUUCACUAAGCAUUGCCAGCAGUGGGACUCGGAGACAGAGGUGUCCUUAGCAUGGAAGGAGAGAGCGGGUGUGUGGAGCACAGGCGUGCCCUAGCAUGCUGAGAAGACAGUCCACCCAGUCUUUUGGUUGUGUGGUGUGAGGCCCAGCCUGGAAGGAAGGGCGGCUUUUCUUCUGACUCAGAGGCGACUUCUCCCACUCUUCUCACAACAGUGAACCACCAGUCAUUUAAGCCAUGGAGGAAGUUUCCGCCUGCUCCCUCAGCAGCACCGUGUUCCAGCAGGAAGAUCAGAACGGGAUCACCUACCGGAUCCCAGCCCUGCUGUACAUUCCCCCCACCCACACGUUCCUGGCCUUUGCAGAGAAGCGUACCUCAGUCAGAGAUGAGGACGCCGCCUACCUGGUGCUCAGACGAGGGGUGAUGAAGGGGCGCUCUGUACAGUGGGGCCCCCAACGGCCACUGAUGGAGGCCGCAUUACCUGGGCAUCGCACCAUGAACCCCUGCCCUGUGUGGGAGAAAAAUACCGGCCGUGUGUACCUGUUUUUCAUCUGUGUGCGGGGCCAUGUUACUGAGAGGUGCCAGGUUAUGUGGGGCAAGAAUGCUGCCCGUCUCUGCUUCCUUUCCAGUGAGGAUGCCGGGUACUCCUGGGGUGAAGUCAAAGACUUGACUGAGGAAGUCAUUGGCUCAGAGAUGAAGCGCUGGGCCACGUUUGCUGUGGGCCCAGGUCAUGGCAUCCAGCUGCACUCGGGGAGGCUGGUCAUCCCCGCCUAUGCCUACUGUAUCUCACACUGGUUUCUCUGCCUUCCAUGUUCAGUCAAGCCCCAUUCCCUGAUGAUCUACAGUGAUGACUUAGGAGUCACAUGGCACCAUGGCAAGUUCAUUGGGCCCCAGGUGACAGUGGAGUGCCAAGUGGCAGAAGUGGCUGCGACGGCUGGUAACCCUGUGCUCUACUGCAGUGCUCGAACACCAAACAGAUUCCGAGCGGAGGCUUUUAGUACUGACAGUGGUGGCUGCUUUCAGAAGCCAACCCUGAACCCACAACUCUAUGAGCCUUGCAGCGGCUGCCAAGGUAGUGUAGUGAGCUUCCGGCCUUUGAAGAUGCCAAACGUAUGUCAAGACUCAAGUGGUAAAGGUGCUCCCGCUACUCGGAAAUGCCCUCUGCUGGACAGUUCUCUGGAGGUGGCGGAGGGAGCCGGAACAGCAUCAGGGGUGUGGCUCUUUUACUCACAUCCAACUAGCAAGAAGAAAAGACUUAACCUAGGCAUCUACUACAACCAGAACCCCUUGGAGGUGAACUGCUGGUCCCGCCCGUGGAUCUUGAAUUGUGGGCCCAGUGGCUACUCUGAUCUGGCUGUUGUGGAAGAACAGGGCUUGUUGGCAUGUUUGUUUGAGUGUGGGAAGAAGCAUGAGUAUGAGCGGAUUGACUUUAAUCUGUUUUCAGACCAAGAGGUCCUGAGCUGUGGAGACCGUCCCAGCCCUAAUAGUGACUAAAGCCAAAUCAAGACAGAUGGGUGGGGCCCAGCUUUCCACGGAAAGGAAUGGCAGGUACAGCCAGGAUAGCAGAGGUCUCUGAUGUUCAGAGAAAAAUCUAAAAACAAAUAAUCUGCUCCUUGGAUUUUUUUCACUUUUCCCUUCAGCAUCGUGAAAAUUGUGCCACACAACAAGGCUCAUGACCUGGGAGUUCGGAGAAGACUGCUGUGGGAUCUUUUCUCUUCCCGUUGAAAGGAGAGGCUGUAGGCUCACUUCCUGUUCCACAAACCAUGGAUCUUGAAGUCACAGACUUGUUUUUUCAAAUGGUUCACUGCUCACCUGAGUAUUAGGUGAUGUGUGGGUGCUUUGAAAACAUUUACUAGGGAGAAAAUGAGAACCUGUGCCAGCUGUCCUUGAUAAUGGUUGAUAAUGGUGCAUAUUGUACUUGACACCAUUACCUCUGUUAAAGAUGAAUAUUGAGCCAGAGGUUCUUGGCUUCCUUCAGCUGCAUCCACUCAUUUCCAGGUGAGCAUUCAAACACUGCUAACAGUCAGCCAAAAUGAGAGCUGUUUGUGCUAGCCAGGUUCCAGGCUAGGCACAGUGCUUCCUGGAGCUGGGCUUUUAUCUAAUGCCAGGAGCCAUCUAGGAGAGGCUGAAGCUAACAGGUGAUCUUCCUGAGAUAGUUGUAUUGGACUGUGAACCGUGUUGGAUGAGCCCUUCCAGGCAAGGCCAGAGGGUCAACAUUGUGGGAAAGAUACGAUUCCUGGUAUUAGCAUGCCUUUCCUGUGUGUGUGUGUGUGUGUGUGUGUGUGUGUGUGUGUGUACUGUCUUAUAGUGAUGCUCUAUAGACAAAUAGAUGGUUUCUUAAUUCUUAAUGAUGAUCCUAUAAGAAUUACUAAAAUUAUACUAGUAAUUAUUAAGCCCUUUAUAAUAGGAUUUCCAUUAAAGCCCUCUCUGAUACGAAAACUGCAGUGAGAACUCUGCUAGUCUUCAUGUGUCAUGAGUUAAUUACUUCUGAGAUAGAAAGCAGGCAUUUACAACUUAGGACACAUUUCUUAGAGCUGUAAAACAAUUAACCAAAGGUUGUAAAAGGGUAUGAAAAAUUUGUUGUAGGUGCUAGGACAGAAGAUAAAAUAUUGACUGGGUUUAUUUAUACCAAACUUCAUUGUUAACUUAGACAUGAGAAUUAUGGUUUUUAACUUUCAGUGAACCUGUGGAGCUAGUGGCAGAAAAGAAGUGUCUAUUUAGAUACUAUUCUUAAUGGAAAUACAUGUAAACAUCCCUGUUGCAAACUUCUUUUUGAAUUUAUAUUUAAGCUUGCAGUGAACGUUUGAAUUAGACAGUAAGAGAAGGCAGAGAAGAGUGAGAUAGUUUUAAUCUAUCUUUCUUCUCCCCCAUCUUUUUUCUCUUAGAAAUAAGGACUAGAAUCCUUUUUUUAAGGUGUCUCUUCUCUAGCUGAGCAUGGUGGCGCACACCUGUAAUCCCAGCA